AUGACACUGACACUUUAUACUUUUCAGACGACAGUUGGCCUGCUUCUUGUGAUAAGAACUUCUUCUUUGGCAACAAAUAUCCCGCCGAAGGAGGGCCACCAAUUUGCAGCGUCAAUUGCUUCCUUCACCGCCACUACGCUUCUCGGUCCCCUCCUAUACAUGGAACAUAUGCGAUCUGUCAGGCCAGCCGAUCUCACCGUCAUCUUUCUACUCGUAUCUUUGGCAUGUGAUGCAGCUAAUGCAUUACAAGAAGGUCUCGAUACAUGGAUCUUGCCCGCAACGCAGCUUGCUCUGAAGCUUCUUCUAGUCGCCACAGAAAGCCGAAGUAAACAGGGCCUUCUGAAAAGCCCCUACGACUCCCAGGCUCCAGAGCAGCUCGCCGGAAUUCUAAGCCGAACUUUCUUCUGGUGGAUAAACCCCAUUCUGGCCCUGGGAAACCGGAUAAUGCUGUCUGGAGAUGAUCUUCCUCUAAUAGAUGAACAACUUUCAUCGAAGCAGCUCCGGCAUCGUGGUUUGAAGGCGUGGGACAAAAGAGCCAGACCGGUGACUAAGAUCACCCUACCCAUGUGCCUCGCUAAGAGCAUGGUAUCUCAUUUUUUUGCACCAGUCAUCCCUCGACUGUGCCUUAUCUUCUUUCGUUACGCGCAGCCAGCUCUCAUUAGCUCUACGGUUCACAUGCUGGGGAGCCGAUCUAACGGAAGUAGCUCUGCGUCAGCCGUCAAGCAGCUACAACGAUGGCAUAGCCCUCACUUUAAUCAGUACAGACACAGAGAGCGUGAUGAGUUUCGCGAAAUGAGUCGGUACCUGGCCAGAAAUUUGCAAAGCAAGCAGAAAGCCUGGAAUGAAGCAACUCAGAGCCGAAUCUCCCUGACGGCAUCUACGCUCUCAUCAAUGAAAGUGAUGAAGAUGCUUGGGCUUUCUAGAGAGACCGAGGUUUUGCUUCAGAAACUCCGAGCCCAAGAAUUGGAGAUGGCGAAGAAAGUGCGGUGGAUGAUGGUCGCGUAUAACGCCAGUGCGAAUGCACUCGGAAUCUUCUCUCCUAUACUGACUUUUGUCUUAUUUGUGAUGUAUGCCAACCUGCGUGGGUCGACUCUCGAUGCCGAGACUGCAUUCACGACCACAGCGCUUCUUGGACUUGUGACACAUCCAGCAAACAUGGUCAUGACUAUUGUGCCUCGUGCCAUUGGCUCUUUGGCCGCCUUUGAAAGAAUCAAGGACUAUCUUGUUCAGCCUAGUAGAGCUGAUCCGAGACGCUUAUUACAGUCCAACAUGAAAGACGAGGACUCCUCACUAGCUAUCCGCUUUGAAGCUGUCACUGUUCAGUCCCGUUCAUCGUCCCGUGCGGUUCUCGAAAACUUCAAUUUCACCGCCAAUAAAGGCUCAAUAACCAUAUGCGCUGGAGCAGUUGGAAGCGGAAAGACAGUCCUCGCCCAGUGCAUUCUAGGCGAAAUCCCAGCUUCAAGCGGGACAAUCUCCGUAUCCUCAAAGCGAAUCGCUUACUGCGAACAAUCGCCCUGGUUACCGAGUGGAACUCUGAAAGACGCGGUUUGUGGCUUCGGAAAGUUUGAGCCUGGCUGGUAUAGGCAUGUUGUCAAGCUUUGCUGCCUCGACGAGGAUAUUUUAACCAUGCCGCUCGGGGACAACACUCUCAUUGGCAGCCAGGGUCUGAAGCUUUCUGGAGGACAAAGACAGCGCCUGGCACUCGCCCGCGCUAUAUAUGCUCGGUGCGAAAUUGUGCUUCUUGACGACAGCUUCUCUGCUCUAGACCACAAGACAGAAAGACAGGUCGUUUCUAAUCUUGUAGGAAUCCAAGGCCACUUCCAAGCGGCACAUUUACGUCAGACGCAUGUCAACGCUGCAGUCGUUGAAGCCAACCCUGAUCUUGUCGAAAAGAACAAGAUAAUACAGAGCCAAGCUCUCGAGGUGACUGAGGCUAUGGCUGAUUUGGUUAGAUCAACAGGAGAUUUCUCACUAUAUGAGGUCUUCAAGUUACUAGUGCAGGCCACGCUGCUUUUCAGCGCCCAAAAGCUGCUAACUGCCACGUUGCCAAUCUGCGUGCUGGUAGUCUAUGUUGUGCAGCGGGUGUAUCUGCGAACGUCUCGACAGCUUCGUCUUCUUCAGCUGGAAUCCCAGUCUGCUGUCUACUCAAGCUUCCUUGAGUCCAUUGAGGGUGUUGUCAGCAUACGAUCAUUCGGGUGGGUGAAGCAGGCAGAGAACUCUAAUAUGGCCUGUCUCGAUAAGUCCCAGAAACCAGCUUACAUCCUUCUUUGCCUGCAACUCUGGCUCAACAUUGUCCUCGACUUAGUUAUCGCUGCCAUGGCAGUGAUUCUUAUCACUUUGGCAGUCUUUCUGGAGAGCAGCACAACAGCUGGCCAGAUCGGCAUGUCGCUGAACAUCGUACUUGUUGCUAACUCGACGCUUUUAGCACUUGUCAUAUCUUGGACGAAUUUGGAGAUAUCUCUCGGUGCUAUAUCACGUUUGAAGACAUUGGAAGCAGAUGUCGAAGAGGAAGAACAGCCGUCAUUGGGAACGAUAGUCCCUGACACCUGGCCUUCACGUGGAGCGGUUGAGGUCCGUGAGCUGACGGUCUUUUAUGAUGAGUCACACGCGCCUGCUUUGAAGGACAUUAACCUAUCCGUUGCUCCGGGUCAGUAUCUCGUGGUCUGCGGCAGAACUGGCAGUACUCUCCUCCUCGCCUUGCUCCGUCUUCUCAACACCCAAUCAGGUUCUAUCGAAGUGGAUGGUAUCAACUUGAGCCAGGUUUCACUGUCCGCUAUACGAGAGCAAUGCUUUAUCACCGUUACGCAAGAUUUAUUUCUGCUUGCCCAGGCUAGCCUACGGUUCAACUUGGACCCCUCAGAGUCUCUUCCCGACAUUGUCAUCAUUAAGGCACUUGAACGAACUGGGCUGGGGGGGCAUUUCGACACUAAUCAGCAAGAAAAGCUGGUAGACAUCCUAGACGAGCCUCUCAGUUCGUUGCCUCACAUGUCAACCGGCCAAACUCAGCUAUUUGCCUUGACCAGAGCUGUCCUCCGCGUAGAGUACUCUUCAGCGACACGAGUCAAACCAAUUUUGCUUCUGGAUGAGGCGACAUCAUCAGUUGACGGGGUAACAGAAUCUGUCAUGCGGGACGUCAUCAAGGAGAUCUUUACGGAUAAUGGCCAUACUGUGAUCGAGAUUACCCAUCGGUUGUCCGGUUUCGAGGAUAUCGCUAGGGGAGGGGACAGUGGAGAGGUGAAAGUAGUUCUUCUUUCGCAGGGGGGGAUUCAGAGACAGGGAAGAAUGGAGGAUAUGCUGGAUUUUGGGAAGAGACCUUAG